AUGUUGGUGAGGGCGAGUAGCGGCGCGGCGCGGCUGCGCGCGCUGUGGCGGCGCGGCGGCAGCGGGGUCGCCGCCGCGCGCUGCUUCCCGCUCGGCCGCGCGCUGCUGCGCGUGCGCGGCGCCGAGGCCGCGCCUUUCCUGCAGGGCCUCCUCACCAAUGACGUCACGCGGCUGGCGGGCGGCGCCGAGGACGCGCCGCGCGCUCUUUACGCGCAUGCGCUCAACGUGCAAGGCCGCUGCCUCUGCGACGUCAUCCUCUACAGGCUGCACCGCGGCGCGGAGGAGCCGCACGUGCUGCUCGAGUGCGACGGGAGCGCGCUGGGCGCCGCGCUGCAGCACCUGCGGCGCCACAAGCUGCGCAGGAAGGUGGAGGUGGCGCCGUGCCCCGAGCUGGCCGCCUGGGCCGUCCUGCCCGGCGCGCGGCCGCUCGCCCUGCCCCGGGCGCCCGGGCUGCAGCCGCUGCUGGCGCCCGACCCGCGCGCCGCCCCCAUGGGCUGCAGGCUGCUGCUGCCCGCGGGGGACAAUCCGCUCCGGGUCGUCGCCGGAGGCCGCCUCGGGGACGCCCGCGAUUACCACAGGCACAGGUAUAAGCAAGGAAUUCCUGAAGGGGUGCAAGAUCUCCCUCCCGGAGUAGCCCUCCCGCUGGAAUCAAACCUGGCCUACAUGAACGGCAUCAGCUUUACCAAAGGCUGCUACAUUGGACAGGAGUUAACAGCCCGGACGCACCACAUGGGUGUCAUUCGCAAACGUCUGUUGCCAAUUCAGUUUUCAACUUCUCUUCCCUCAGAAAGCAUUCCCGAGGGCGCGGAGAUCUUAACGGAAUCGGGAAAAUCAGCUGGCAAGUUCCGGGCUGGAGACGGCGAACUUGGAAUAGCUUUGCUGAGGUUGGCUAAUGUAAACGAACCACUUUACCUCAAUGUGCCGGAUGGAAAAGUGAAGCUCACUGCAACUAUACCUGAGUGGUGGCCAAAAACUGCCAGCAAAUAAACGAGGAACCACUUCCCACACAGUUGCCUUAGUGAGAAGAUAUUUUGUCCCAGAAGCUUUUUGAAGGUAACUCUGCCUUCAGCUCCCAUGUGCAGUGUUUGAUUGGAGAGUGAAUUAGCAGCAUCUUCCAGGAAGCCAAAGCAGCCAUGAGUUUUUGAUGGAAGGAGAACAAUCUGUGAACACUUUGUGGCAGAUCCUUGGAAGAUAAGGUGCACAGGGAAGUGCAUAAAGUUUCUCUGCCUUUUCCAUUAAGGAAUAUAGGGGAGACGUGGGACUGGACUUUUCUAGGCAAUGGAAUAUGGAAGAUCCUCAGGCUGACCUCAUGGCCCAACCAUUUUCUCUAAUUUGCACAGAAUAACCUCGGAAGGAGGGCAGAGAGGCUGGUUACUGCUAACUAUUCCUGACACAGGGAAAAUUAUUAUUGUGGUUAUUGUGGUACUGGUCCCUAGCAAGAUUCCCUAAGUUCUAUAUGGAAGUCUAUAAAAGAAUGGACUGCGUUGGCAUCUAAAGGGGAUAUCCAGCAGGUCAAGUUUUCUGUGAAAGCGCCCAUGAUUUAUUUGGGUGGUGCCACCUACUGCUGGGCUCUUGUUCUGAACAUGGUGCUGCGUGUGUUGAGAUGCUGCAAGAAGUGACUGGAGUUUCAUCGUUGUGUGUACUGGAUGUUUGUGUUGAGAAGAACCAUGUUGUAGUAUUACAAAUUCCUUGAUUGAGACUGUGUUUGAUGCACUUAGAUUUGCUAAGUCUUUGUCAAACUCAGGUUGAAGUGUUCGCUGCAAAAUAUUCCUUGCAUUGAGCUUCUUAUUAAACUUGCUGGAUGGGUAUUUUUUCUCAUCACUAUUCCUACUGGUUUUGUUCAGGGAAAGGCUGCUGCUUUUCUUCCCUGGCUCCUGCUGCUCUUCUGCCUUUGCACUUGUUCCUAUUUCCACAAUCACUUUUUCCCCUCUAUUACCUUUCCCAAGCCCACUCUGUGCCUCCUCCGCCUGUCAACCUGCACUGAUUUAUAUAUAUAAUUUUUUUACAUUACACUAGGCAUGUAAUGGAUUUGUUAUAGAAAUGAUAUGUGUGAAGAAGCGGGUAAUGAGAACGACAAGUAGAUUAUGUGCCCAUUUCUGGUACAAAGUUCUUGUCUGCUUAUUUGUAAGAAAAUCCAUCCAUAGCACAUCCUGUCACUGUAUAGCUGUAGCCAUUACUGUGAAGGAAAUUUAUCUGUGAAAGAUGAUGAUAUUGAUCAAAAAUCCUUUUGCUUGUUGUAAAAUGAUUCUGUGGAAUAUCU